AUCAAUACGACAGGCCAGUCGGCACUCUGCCGCAAUCAUUUUCAUUGCCGCAAGCAAGCAUUAGAUAGGGAUAUUUUCUUUAUCAAUCAGUUGUUUGCAAACCAAAUUAUAUUACUUUGUGUUAUCAGUUUUAGGCGAUAGGUAGGAUAGAUGGUGUCUAAUUGUUUUGGUGUUUGACCUUUUGUGUUGAAUAUCGAAAGCGCAUCGCAGCACGCCGAAGCCAUCUGCGUUCGUUUCAGUUCCCAUAACAGUUCGUAUCAAUUUGCAUGUCUGACCCCGUCCGUUCUGACCGAUUGUUUUGAUGUCAUUUUUGUUGAAUCGAUUACCGCACCGCUUAUCACAAGGUCUGACGGCGGCUUACUUCACCGUUAACAGUUGGAGCAUUCGUCGUCGAUCAUCAGCGGUUCAAACCACCGACAUGACGCGCUUGACGGUCAAGAAGAUUCCCGCCCUGCAGGACAACUUCAUGUACCUGGUGGUGUGCAACGAAACCAAGAAGGCCGCCAUCGUAGAUCCCGUCGAGCCGGAUCGUGUGCUCAAGGUGGCCAAAGAAGUGGGCGUUUCGCUGAACAAAGUUCUCACCACCCAUCACCACUGGGACCAUGCCGGAGGGAACGCCGAACUGUACAAACGCUACCAGGAAGACAGCUCACUGGGUGAGUUGUUGAUCUACGGAGGAAACGACGAACGUAUCGACAACCUGACCAAUCCGGUCGGGCAGGAUGACACGCUGGAGAUCGGGAACCUAAAGGUGCGCUGUAUUUCCACACCGUGUCACACGACGUCGCACAUUUGCUACUACAUCGAGACGCCGGAAGAAAAGGUGGUCUUCACCGGGGACACUCUCUUCCUCGCCGGAUGCGGAAGGUUCUUCGAGGGAACACCUCAGCAAAUGUACGAUGCACUGAUUACGAAGCUGUCCGCCUUGCCGGAUGAUACAAAAGUGUUCUGUGGGCACGAGUACGCGUUGAACAAUCUUCGAUUUGGAAAUACGGUCGAGCCGGACAACGUGGAUACGCUACAACUGUUGAACAUUGCCAAGGAGUCCGAUUUGGAGGGGCGACGUGCGAUGGUUCCCUCCACCAUCGGACAGGAGAAGCGGACCAAUGUGUUUAUGAGGGUUAACGAGCCUAGUGUGCAGAAAUUUGUCGGAAAAAGUACCCCGCUGGAAACGAUGCAAGCUUUACGCGCGGCCAAGGAUAAGUUUAAAUAAUUUGAUGGGUAAUAUAUGUUUAAAACAGGUUAUGGGAAAUUGGUUUCUGGCUAUAAAAUGUAGCAGGCUUGAACAUAUAAAUUUAUUUUACUUCUCAUGCUAUAAUAACGCUUCACUUUAAGUGUCAAAUUCUAUUUUGAAAUAAAAGAAAUCAGCAUUUCAA